UCUCAACCACCCGAUAUUUCCUUUGCAGAAGCUUCUGAAGCUAAGGAUCAAUCGUCUUCAUUCCACCCACGUUGAAAAUCGGCGAUUGCUUACUCAUCCUCGCUAUCUGCAGCUCGAAUCUGUUAUGGUGGUGAUUGCGCCACCUGAGAACGAGCGACGCUGUAACUCCGGUCAAGAGUAACUUGAGAGCUCCGAACAGUAUUAGUGGUUGCUGCUCCAGUGGACCUUGUGUUACCUAGAGGUAAAGGACAGCCGUUCAUUAUUCACCUUCCAACCGGCUCAGUUCAUAAAACUUUGUGGACUGGAGGUGUGUCACAGGCAUAGUGCUCUGAAUAGUGAAUACAUGGCAUUAAUGACAUCCUAACCAUUUUAUAGACGUCCAUUUGCGAAAAAUAUCUUCGGAAUCCGAGGCAAACACAACACAAAUCUAAUCCCAAUAGAUAUGGCUUCCUCAACAGGCUUUAAGAUUCUUAACCUGCCCAGCGAGCUCGUCGUCCACAUCCUGAGCUUCCUCGAUCCCGAAGAGCUCGUCCAAGCAGCUAAGACCUGCCGACCGAUGAACACCAUUUCCAAAGACGACACCCUUUGGCUCCGCUUCCUCCGAAGCGACGCCCCCGACCUCGACCUCUCCACACCCACACCCGAAGCGACGUACCGCGACCUCUACCUCUCCCACCUCGGCCACUGGCACAUCGCCCGCAACAAGAUCUGGAUAUCCUCCAGCGAGCCGACCGGAAAAGUCCUGCUCUCGCGCUACUCGCGCAGCCGCAAUGUGAUCGAGGCCUACGGGCUCAGCGCGGAGCAAGGGCCGCACGACGUGGUCUUCUGGCAAGGAAACACGCCCAACGUGAUAAUGCACAGCUUCAACCCGACCGUGUCGCUGGACGUGAGCACGCCGAUUAUGAAGUUGGAUCCGUGGAUGCGGUGGAGGCCGCCGAAGACGCCGCCUGUAAUCGCGGAGACGGAGGAGGGGGAGUUGGAUCGGACGCAAUGGGAGCCGUUUUGGCAGAAGGAGCUGCGCAUGGAUAUCCCGUCGUUGAUCGGGGCCGGGGGUACGGUGAACCAUACGCUGCUUUUGACAAGUCGGUACCCAACCGAUAUUAUUACGAACGUCUGGCCACCUAAUUUGAUUCCGGCGCCGAAAGCGCAGCGAGUGCGGGUUUUUAGUCCCUCGAAGUUUAAGGAUAAAGGUCACCGGCCGAAGAGACUAGCUGACCUAUGCGAAAGUUCGUUCAGAGUCCGGAAAUGGGCGGAGUUUGGAGGCAGACGGGAUAGGGAGGGUGGAGGCACUUUCUCGUGGUUCCGGAAUACUCACGGCUCGUUUCCCGCAAAUCUCUACUCAUCAGUAUCGCUCCAGGGGUUCUCCCCGAACAACCGAAUCGGCGAAGACGUCCACACCUUCGCAACGAUGACUGAAGACACAUAUCUUCCGACUGCCGCUAAACCGUAUCAAGGCGUCUGGGUCGGAGAUUACUCCGGCCACGGCUGCGAAUUUUUGUUGAUUAUGCAAUGGACGGAGGACGAGCUGGCCGACGGUUCACGCCCGCUGCCGGAGAGGGCGCUGGAGGUCCUCGAAGAGGGCUCGACGAUAUCGGAAAAUGAGGACUGGACAAUAACCGAAAAUGGGGAUUCGACGACAUCGGGAAAUGAGGACGCGGUCGAUGACUCGCCGGAAUUUCGCGUUCCCCCUUAUCUGGGCUCCGAUAGAUCUCCCGUUGCCGGCCGCCUGGAAGCGGUGAAGCUCACCGGCGACGCCAAUGUGCCGCGCGGCGAGUACACGUUCAUCGCCCCGGACAUCGGCGAGCACGGGACGAUUCGGAUUGCGGACGAGGAACUGUUUCAAGGGGCGAGGUUCGUGAAGAGUGUCGGACACAUUGCGUCGCAUGGAUUCCGAGAGGAGAAGUUCGUGGCGUCGCAGCUCAUCUUGAUCUCAGAAAACUUGCUGGCACAAUAUUGGGAAUGCCUUGGGCAUAUUAGUCACUAUAAACGGGUCGAUAUUGGGCGGUUCUCGGAGGCCGAUUGAGAGAACGGAUGAAUGCCAUGGGAGACUCAUCCCGCUGCUCUUUAGGUCGCGAUCCAGGCUUUGACUUCCUUCACACUCGCCAUAAGCAGUGGAACGGCGACUGGGCCGAGCAGUGGCAUGUACACUGCAACCUUGUGUUCAUCCGGGAAGUAAACCUGGCCCACCAUGCUUCGCUCAAAGAACGCUUUUUCAGCCUCAAACUCUGCUGUUCGAGAGUGCUCCAGUGCCUUGUGGAACCGUCCGGCGCGCAGCUCGUUGCAGGCAGAAUCGAGGUGCUUGAGGGUGAGGGUGACGGAAUGGAGUACACUAUUCGGUAUCGCGAUGGAUUGCAAGGUGUCGGUUAGACGCGCGAGCGAGCCAAGGGUAGAGGAUGCGGAGAAGAUGAGCGAUGCAGCAUGGAUGCGGGUAAGCGUGGAGAUGCGAAGCGGAAGAGAGUGGGGAGACUCGGGCAGGCCUAGCAGCGACAGUAAAUGCGAUGAA